ACGCUGUCAUUUCGGGAGAUGAUGGAUCCGCGCGCCUCGCGCUCACACUCGCGCUGCUGAGCCUGUUUGUUUGAUCAGCGUUAGUGUCAUUAUAUCAUCAUCAUCAUCAUCGUUAUCAUCACCAUCAUCAUCUUCAGCAUCACCAGCCUGAGAUGCUGAGCGUUAUCCCGGCUCUGGACUCGAGGCGCUCGGUGCGCGCGGACGCGGCUGUGCGCGCCGCCGCUGCUGCAGACUCGCUGCCUUAAAGUUUACAUGCUGGCUGUGGGAGAGGAGCUCGAGCCCAAGACAAGCCGGGGGGGCUGGAUCAGAUGCCUCUGUCGGCGCGAGUAGAGCCGCUGCCGUGUGUGUCCAGUGCGUCCAGAUGGCCUCGAGUAACGCGCGUAACGGUUUAUCCGGCGGGGUUGGCGGGGCUCUGCGCCCAGGGUGGAGGGAGCGCUCGGCGGCUGCCGCUGCUGCUGAUGCUGCUGCUGUCUGCGGGAGAGGCGCGCGACUGAGCGGCGGAGGAUGGGUGAUGAUGCUGGUGCUGGUACUGCUCGCGCUUGGAGUGGAUGGUCAGCACCCUGCGAUCACUAACGUUACAGAAGAUGAGGGGAAGUUGGAGGUCUCAGACCCCCUCGCCGCAGCACCGGCCCCCGUGGAAGCUUCAAACCUUUCAUCCUCUCCCUCACAGCUGGAGGAAGAUGGACAGCCUGCCUUGCAGUCCCACUCCAUACCAGCGGGGGCAGCGGUGAGCAGCAGAGAGCAGGCCGUGUAUUCAUCAGUGCUGACCCUGCGGGCCGACUCAGACACACCGCCCCAGGCUCUGGUGCAGUCUCUGCCCUCCCCACCCGGCAACAGUGACAAUCGCACCAAUCACAAACCCCCACAGGAGCCGCCGGCUGGAGCGCCGCAUGCUCCAACCCGAGUGGCCCAAACCAACAGUGCAUUAAGCACCAGCUCAGAAGAAGUUCUUAGUGAACUCCCCAUGAACCCAGACCUCCCCACAGCUCCGGGUUCCUCCCCCACAGCACCGGAGGAGGCGGAGCCAGCUCGCACCGAUCAUGUGACCAUCCCAGUCUCUGUCUCCACCCUGGCAUCCAAUGAAACGGCAGCAGAAAAGGCCGGGAACUCCUCGUCCGUCCCGCCGUCCCCCAGCAACCCUGACACUGUGACCAGCGACAGCCUCCAGCUCACCACAGUGACCACCACCACGGUCACGCCCUUAACUAUGACUGCCACAACUGUGACUCCGCCCACGACUGGUCCAGUGACCACCGAGGUUGCUACGACGACAACGCCACCGCCCACCUUGGACACCGAAAUCACCACACCCCCCACAGAACCUCCUACUACCACAACGACCACCACUACCACCACCACAACCUCCACAACCACCACCACCACAAGUACCACCACAACUACUACCACACCUGCACCUACAACAACAACCACGCUACCAACCACCACAGCAACCACCACAGAGACUCCUCAAAGCUCGACUGUAGCUACCGCUGGGAGCACCACCACUGACCACAGCCCACCCACUGAGAGCCCACUCUCAGCCUGCAACGUCACUGAGAAGCUGUGGGUCCGUACUGUUUUGUCCAUCCAAAUGAAGAGGAAUCGUCUGGAAAGUGGAAUGAGGCUGAGCUUGGUGAAAGGUCUGAAUCUGGCACUGCAGAAGGCCUUCAAUGACUCCACUGUCUACAUACAGCUGGAGCGUGAUGUCUGCACUCCCUCCAAUGUAACUCUGGGGUAUUACGUGGUGAGUGAGAAGCUGGUGUAUAUGGCAGCUGCAGUGGUGGAGACUCUGACAGCCUACGGCUUCGACAAGCUCCUGAGUGACAUCAGACAGCAUGCGCCCGUGGUGCUGGCAGUACCUGUUCCUGUAGCAACCUGGCUGCCUAGUCCCGGCAUCCACCUGCAGCUCAAAACAGUUCUCAGGUUUGUGAGUCCAACAGACAACAUCAAGUCCUGUAGUUUUAUUCAGAUGAUGGAGCACCGCUUGGAGAACGUGUUUGCAGAAGCUCAGGAGAAAGUGGAGGACUCUUAUGGGGCUUUCUCUGUUGAGAUUCUCAACACGUAUCAGACGGGGAACUCUCUGGCCGUGUCGUUGGUGUACGUGGUGUGGAACGGCAGUGCAGCUCUGCACGGCACAGUGGCCAGCAACCUCAUUAAUCAGAUGACCGCUGAACUGGUUGGCUACUUCCUCUUCUUCCCCCCUAUGCUCAUCGCAGAGCCCCUUGAGUAUCACAACCUCAACACCUCGGUGGCAACCAGGGAGUACUGGGUGAUCACAGUUAUUCAGGACGUUGACAGCUCCUCUCUGGAAGGCAGUUACCAGAGCUUUGCGAGUUUGAUGGAGCAGCGGCUGGCUGAGCUCUUUCUGGUUGCCGGUCGACGCGGCCUGCGCUUCAGACGAGCCACCACUGUUGGUGCAUACACAGUGCAGAUGGUCAGUAUUCGGCGUCUACCAGGCCCUAAGAACCCAGCAGAGAUGACCUACUACGUGCAACAGGAUGGUGCUCCUAUAACUGGGACUUCUGCGGCGAAGACCCUGAACAUGGUGGACUCUCAGACCAUGGCCCUGACCCUGGGCUAUUUCGUCCAGAUCCAAGCAGAACCCGUAGUGAAGAGCGUACCCAGUAACCUCUGGAUCCUGGCGGUCCUGACACCGGUGUCGUUGGUGAUGGUGGUGGUUGUCAUGGCAGUUGCUAUCAUAUGCCGGAGGAACCGCACCGUCUUCAAGACCAGCGCCUUCCGUGGCUUCCACCCACGCACAAAGACUUCAUAUCGGAGAGAUGGAAGCUACCAUCACCAGCCGGUGCAGGGUUUUGACUACGCUAAGCAGCACAUGGGUCAGCAGGGCGAGGAAGGACUUGCCGUCACUAAAGAGACCCUGGUCCUGUCUCUACCGGUACGGGACGCCCCUCUCACACAGGACAAGGGCGUGCUGCAGGACGGCACCGCCUCCAAAAGACUGCAGUCCACCACGGAGAUGCAUCGCAGCAGCAAGUUGCCAAGCGAGGACGGCUCGGUUUCGAGUGACGGCUCCGGAAAGCUGAACACGGGCAGGAGCUCCUCGGUGCACAGAACCACGGGCCAGAAGAACAACAAGGAGGAGACGCACACGAGAAACGAGCAUUACGACUCUCUGACCGGCUCCCUGAGGCUCAUCACCAUCAAGCCCAUGACCGCACCCCUCAACUACUCUUACCCAGACUCGUCCAAUCACAGCCAAGACUCCGUCAUCCUCAACGGAGAGGUGAACAUGGGUCUGAAGCAGAAGUCCGAUAUCGAGCACUACCGGAACAAACUGCGACUCAAGGCCAAGAGGAAGGGCUACAGCGACGGCCCGCUCGGCGGAAGCAGCGGCAGCGGCCACAGGCACAGCCACCGGGAGCGGAUGAGGAGAGAGAAUGCCUCCCUGGACCUGGAGGACGCUCUGGGACCCGUGGAGGACAGAAACCCGUCCACUUACGUCAAAUACAGGAGGAGUGAAAGCCAAAGGGAACCAGCAUACUGGAGUAGACAGUCCCUGAACACCCCAAGUCCUGUGGAGACCGAGCUGGACCUGCUGGUCAUGAGGGAGCGCUCCAGGAGGGGCAUCCGCAACAGUGGCUACGAUCUUGCAGCUUUAAAUGUGUUAGCUGAGGCCGAACCAGAACCCUUUGAAGAAACAGACGUGGACCGCCUCAUGAGCUCGCUGGGUUUCGGUGGCAGCCAUCAGAUCAAGGGUCACUCAGACUCGUCCACCCUGAGCUCCCAGCCCUCAAUCGACGAGGUGCGGCAGCAGAUGCACCUCCUGCUGGACAACGCCUUCGGCCUGGCCUCGGCCGAGCCGUCCUCGGGCAGUCGCCACCACCACCACCACCCCCACUCCCACAGCCAGUACAACCCCAGCCAGAGUAGCCACUACUCGGACGGAGUGACCAGUGCCCCUGGCACCAUGGACCACCCUGCUGGAGCUCUGCAGCGUGGCUCGUCCUUUGAGCCGGACAUGCACCAGUGUAGCCUCCCCAAACCCGGCUUCAGAUUUACCCAGCUGCCUGAUAUGGGUUUGGGCUCACCACCGCCUCUCAUACCCCCCAGAGCUGGAGCGCCCCCUGGAACCUCACUAAGGCGCUCCACACCAGACAUGAGUCUGAAACCUCGAGUCUCUGAGGCCUCGGAGAUGAGUCAGCACAACGGCACCCCCUACCUGCCAAUAAACCGCGCUCCGUUCCCCGCGGUGACUGUCGACCAAUCCAUGUCGAGCUACUCAGGAAACCCAAUGACAGCCGUUUAUGCCAUAUCGGCCAAUCGGCCCGGCUACUCCGACUACUUUGUCCUGUCGCCACCAUCGUCCUACCGUAGCCCCUCGUGGAUGUCCUAUCCUCCAGAGCCAGACGAUCUGCCCCGCCAGUGGAAUGACACGAACCCGUGUCAUUUGGAGACCAUCUGCUGAACUAAAUGAAUCUCUGGGGUUGAGUGGACACAGCAAUUCACCUGGGGUUUGUACAGUAGAUGAAUAUACCCUGAAUACCACAGCAGCCCCACCCUGUCCCGGCUCUUUGGACUAACAGGGCCGCUCCAGCUGAGCAAGCCCAAAAGGCCCCAAAAGGGCCCAAAAGGUCCAAAAGGCCCCAACCAGACACGACCAGGCACCAUCAGUUCACAGUCUUUGCCUACAUCCUGGGCAGGAUGCAGUGCCACCAUUAGCCAACGCUUUUCUGAGAGUGCGUUCUCUCAGCCUCCUCCUCCUCUUCCUCCUCCACCGACCCAGAAUAUCCAUGAAAGGCCAUUUCAGUGGCUGGACUAUUUCUUGAAGCUUUUUUCGAUCUUCUCACAGACAUGCGGCCGGUGGGAUUUUAUGUGUGUGUGUGUGUGUUUUAAAACAUCAACUUACUUAAAAUAGAAACCUUUUAUUUUGAUUUUUAUUUAUCCCAGUUUCACUGAUGCCUCUCUGUGUCUUUUGCUCUCUUAUGUUGCAUUUUUAAUGACAAGGUUAAUAUUGCAGGCAUAUCACAGGUGAUUCUUUCGUGCACUCUAUGUAUGGCUUACGUAAAAAAAAAAAGAAGAAAAAAAAAAAAAAAAACAACCUUGAUGUAAAAGAGACUGAGCAUCUGAACAGAAAUGACAUGUUGUACUGUAUCAAAUGUAGUCAUGAUGUUUUUUCAGCAGCUUUCAAAGCAGUGUGUUCUUUUUGCUUCUAAUGAAACUUAAUUCAUUUAUGCUUCUUUUAAAAAUGUACAUCAGUUCACACCAAAAGUGAGUCAAUAUGUUCAUAGUUUUUGAAGCGUAACUUGGCCAUGGGUGGUCAUAAAAGCUAGAGAUAACAAAAAGUCCAAACAUUAUAAUUAAAGGAGCAUUAGUCAAAAAUCAAGGAACAACUGCAAGGACCUCUAGUGGUUUAGUGGGUGAACAAAUCAACACUGAGACUUUUUUUAUCUUUAGCUCCACCUUUAAUUUUGGGCUAAUCUCUUUGGUAACCUGGCAUUUGUUCAAACUGGGCAUCCAACUCCCAUGUUUGUAGGGUGUGAAUCCUACCAAAUCGUAUAUACUCUUAUUUGAGUCUUAUAAACAAUAGUCAAGUGUAUUCGCUGUCUCUUCUUUGUCUUUGUAAUGAGCUCCCAUUAGCUCCUAUUCAGACACUACCUGUUAGCUAGUUAGCAUUGUAAGCUACAGCUGAAGAGUACUGCAUAUAGUAAUGGAUUUUUUAGAAGAUUACGUUAAUGUAAUGGGGCAUUAAAGAUAUGGGCUGUUUUAAUGGGGUGGAAUGGAGGUGGAGUAUUGAGAUGUUUAAGACAUGGAGGAAGAUUAAUAGGGCAUUGAGGAGAUUGGUGGAGCAAAGGAUUUGAUGAGAAGAUUGGAGUAUGAAGUAUUGGGGCAUUAUGGAGAUGUUGUGGAGUAUUCAGUUGGAUUAAAAGAUUGGAGUGAAGUAUUGGGUCAUUAUGGAGAUGGGGUAAACUAAUGGAUUUGUUCAGAAGAUUGGAGUUAGGAAUUUGGUCAUUGAGGAGAUGGGGUGAAGCAAUGGAUUUGAUGAGAAGAUUGGGGUUAAGAAUUUGGUCAUUGAGGAGAUGGGGUUAAGUAAUGGGGCAUUAAGGAGAUAGUGUGGAGUAAUUGGUUUGAUGAAACAAUUGGGGUGAAGUAUUGGGGCAUUGAGGAAAUGUGGUGGGCCAAUAGAUUUGUUGAGAAUAUUGGGACCUUAAGAAGAUUGGAUGUUUUAAUGGGGUGUAAUGGAGGUGGAGUGAGAUUUAUGGGACGUUGAGGGGAUGGGGUGGAGUAAUGGAUUUGUUUAGAAGAUUGGAGUAAAGUAUUGGUGGAUUGAGGAAAUUGGGUGAAGCAGUGGGUUUGUUUAAAAGAUUGGGAUUAAGUAAUGAGCAUUGAGGAGAUGGGGUGGAUCAAUCGCUUUGUUGAGAGGAUUGGGGUAAUUAUUGGGGCAUUGAGUAGAUGGGGUGGAGCAAUGUAUUUGUUGAGAGGAUUGGGAUAAAGUAUUGGGACAUUGGAGAGGCGGGUAGUGGGGUGUAGAGGGGUAGUGCAAUGGAUUUCAUGAGAAGAUUGCAGUUGAGUAUUGGGGCAUUGAGGAGAUGGGGUGGAGCAAUGGGUUUGUUGAGAAGAUUGGGGUGAAGUAUUUGGGCACUGAAGAGAUGGGGUAGUGCAAUGGAUUUCAUGAGAAGAUUGCAGUUGAGUAUUGGGGCAUUGGGGAGAUGGAGUGGAGCAAUGGGUUUGUUGAGAAGAUUGGGGUGAAGUAUUGGGACAUUAUGGAGAUGGUGUGGAGUAAUGGGUUUUUUAAGAAGAUUGGGGUUGAGUAUUGGGGCAUUAAGGAGAUGGUGUGGAGUAAUGGGUUUGUUAAAAAGAUUGGGGUUGAGUAUUGGGGCAUUUAGGAGAUGAUGUGAAGUAAUGGGGUUGUUGAGAAAAUUGGAGUAAAGUAUUGGGGCACUGAAGAGAUUGGGUAGUGCAAUGGAUUUCAUGAGAAGAUUGGGGUUGAGUAUAGGGGCAUUAAGGAGAGGGUGUGAAGUAAUCAGUUUGAUGAAAAGAUGGAAUGAAGUAUUGGGGCAUUGAGUAAAUGGGGUGGACUAAUGGAUUUGUUGAGAAGAUUGGGGGCAUUAAGGAGUUUGGAUGUUUUAAUGGGGUGUAAUGGAGGUGGAGUAAGAUUAAUGGGGCAUUGAGUAGAUGGGGUGGAGCAAUGAAUUUGUUGAGAAGAUUGGGGUUAAGUAUUGGGGCAUUGAAGAGAUGGGGUAGUGCAAUGGAUUUCAUAAGAAGAUUACGGUUGAGUAUUGGGGCAUUGAGGAAAUGGAAUGGGAUAAUGGAUUUGUUGAGAGGAUUGGGGUAAAGUAUUGGGGCAUUGAAGAGAUGGGGUAGUGCAAUAGAUUUCAUGAGAAGAUUGUGGUUGAGUAUUGGGGCAUUGAGAAGAUGGGUGGAGCAAUGGGAUUGUUGAGAAGAUCGGGGUGAAGUAUUGGGGCCGUAAUGAGAUUGAAUAGAGGAAUAGUUGAAUAUUUGUUGAAGAGGUGGGAUGGGGUAUUGUGGCAUUUGAGGAGAUGUAAAGUAAAAGGCCAUGAUGACAUAGAGGAGGUGGAUUAAUGGGUCUUGAGAACCUGGGGCUGAGUAAUCUGGGAUGCUAUUGCUAAAAUAAUGAUGAUUUCAUUAUAUUAUGCAUUUCUCAUACUUCAUUUAAAUUAGUAAGAAAAAGGAGAGGAAAUCGACUAAUGCUCCUUUAACCGUUACUAUCGAAGACUAGUGGUGAAACAUGCGAGGGCUAGAAGAUUAUUUUAAUUAACAUUCCUCUUCAUGUAGAGUAGAUAAAGUAUCAUCAAAACAACAUAUCUAUUUUAUUGCCUUAUUUUUGAUAGGUACAAAAACUUAUAUAUAAGACAAUAUCAAAAUCUAGAUAAUAUAUCUGCUAAAAUGUAAAGCAUAAGCCAAAAACCGUAAGACAAACAUAUUAAAAUACAUUCAAAAUUGGUUUAAAAAUCCAAAUUAAAAUCACUUUAGCUGCAGCAGGUUUUUUAGUGUCAAAAUAAAAGCGUAAGUACUGCUCAUUACACUGAAUUCACGUUCUAUGAAGUGAGUGCACUGUUACAAAAGCUAUUUUUGGCAUGUAUCCCUACUGGAAUGGUUCUAAUGCAUGUAGUUUGUGAAACACAAGGGCUUGUAUGUAAAGGAGCGUACAUAGUGUGGGUGGCUACAGAACUGAGUUCUACUGUAGUAAUACGCAGUAAUAAGCAGUGAUAUUUCUCAUUUCCAGCUACAACCCUUCACUGAAACCUAGCAUUACUCAGAAUGCCAUUUUAUGUUCGUUUUAUAUGAAGAACGAUGAACAUGACGGCAGUGCAUCAGACUCAGUGGCGCAGAAACAUCAUCCACCUAAUUGCUCUAAGACAGUAAUAAAUAAUAUUUUUCAUUUCUUGGUUGGAACUGAAGAACUUUGUCCUCUCAAUUUAUUAGUUGGUGCUGGGGAAGUGCAAAGAUCUCAACCGUCGUUCAGCCAUCGCUCUGCUUUGUAAAAUAUUUUGUGUUAGUAUUUUUAUAUCAAUUCGAUCGUCAUUUUUGGACCAUCCACGUUGGCGACGUUCAGAAGAAGCAGUUGCCGAUGUAAAAUAUUGUGCUUAAAAUACAGUAUUAAAAAAGAGGCCUCAUCUUGAACCUAUGUGAAAAAAAAAAUGUGUAAUAUUCUCUAUAUGUGUAAAUUCACAUCAUAACGCUAAGAUGUCAACCUAAUUCCUUAUUAUCCAGUUGUACAGUAUAUUUUCACUUAAUAUUAAAAAAACCCUAUAUUUGUUUUAAAGAUACUACUGGUCCAAAACCUGUUUAUUUCCCUAAUCUGUGAGACAUUUUCUUUGCUGCUUUUUUUUUCUUUGUGUGAAAUGACCAUGCUUGUAAUAACCCUGAUUUAACUUUUUUUUUUUUGAGUGAUUUACACAUUAAAUCAAAUCUAAUAAAGACUAAGACACAUUUUAUCAUCAGAAAGACGAAAAUAUA